AUGUCAAGCUCAACAUCCAAGCUUAAAACCGCCUUUAAAAAGGCCCGUGUCAUCGCGCCGUUAUACACCGGCGGGCCCGUCGCUGCUACCCCAGAUGGCCGGAAUCUAGUCACAUGCGUAGGCGAGGAGGUCAUCCUGACGGAUGUGGACCGAGGGGAAGAGAUCGCGAGGUUUGUUGGUGAUACAGAAUCUAUCACCUCGCUGUGCGUAACGCCCUCCGGCACAGUUCUUCUUGUGUUCACCGCGUCGAUGUCCCUGCGAGUAUACGACAUCCCGACGUCACCCCGGACGUCCCCCAUCCACCCGACUCGCGUCGUUGCCCGCGCCCACGACGCACCCGUGCACGUCUGCCGCGCCGACCCCACCUCGACGUACCUCGCGUCGGGCGCGGCGGACGGCACCGUAAAAGUGUGGGACAUCGCGCAUGGCUUCGCGACGCACGUCCUGCGGGGGCACGGCGGCGUCGUGUCCGCGCUCGCGUUCAGCUUCCCGCGUGCAGGCCUCGGCAUGGGCCUCGAGACGCCCGCGCUGAAGCUCGCGACGGCGAGCGUGGACACGCGCGUGCGGGUGUGGGAUCUCGCGAAGACCGCGGACGGGAUGAGGAGCGGGAAGGCGGCGAAGCCAGAGGCGGUGCUGGAAGGGCAUGUGAGCGUGCCGCGUGGAUUAGACGUGAGCGAGGACGGGCGGUGGUUGGUCAGUGGUGGGCGCGAUGCGGUGGUCUUGGUCUGGGACCUUGGGAAGGGGCAAACGAAGGAGAAGGAGAAGGAGAAGAAGGGGAAAGGAAAAGAGAAGGAGCAAGGUCCGGUUCUGGCGAAGACGGUGACAGUGCUGGAGCGGGUGGAGGCCCUGGGGUUGAUUGGAGAAUAUGAGGAGGUGCAAGGCGUGAGCGGCGGCAAGGGAAGCUUGAGGUUCUACACGGCGGGGGAGAAGGGGGUGGUCAAGGUCUGGGACGGGAAAUUGGGGAGCGUGAUCUGCGUGCUUGGCGAGGAGCAGCCCGCGACCUCACCAGAGCAGGAAGAGCAACGGCAGAUCAUGGACGUGAUUCACAUCCCAUCGGCGACGACCGUUAUCUCCAUUCACGCAGACCAAAACAUACUUUUCCACUCUCUUCGUACUGCAUCGCUCUCCCGCCAACUCGUCGGCUUCAAUGACGAAAUCAUCGAUGCCGCCUUUCUGAACUCCCCGUCCUCCUCAUCUGCAUCUACGCACUCGCAUCUCGCUCUCGCGACCAACUCGUCCCUCAUCCGGUUAUACUCAACAUCCUCGCUCGACGCACGCCUCCUUGCGGGACACACCGACAUUGUCCUCGCCCUUGCCGCGAGCACCGGCGCGCGGGUGUUCGCGAGCGGCGCGAAGGACCGCACGGCGCGUCUGUGGGCGCCUACCGUGUCGUCUUCCUCGUCCGAGUCUGCCGCUCCGAGCGAAGGCGAAUGGGGAUGGGGAUGCGUCGCGGUGUGCGAGGGGCACGCAGAGAGCGUCGGCGCGCUCGCGUUUGCGCGCGGGGACGCCGGCGGGGAUGGGGACGGCGGGGAGAAGGGGCCACGGUUCAUGUUCACGGGCAGCCAGGACCGGACGAUCAAGAUGUGGGAUCUAUCGUCCGUGCCCGCAUCGCAUUCGCGUGGGGGCGCGGCAGCGGAGGCGGUGAAGUGCAAAUCGCUCUGCACGCACAAGGUGCACGAGAAGGACAUUAAUGCGCUCGACGUCUCGCCGAACGGCGCGCUGCUCGCGUCGGGCUCGCAGGACCGCACCGCGAAGGUGUUCGGGAUCACGUUCAGCGCGGCGGCCGCGGGCACGCGGGGGGAGAUCGCGCUGCUGGGGACGUGCCGUGGGCACAAGCGUGGUGUGUGGAGCGUGCGGUUCGCGCGGCACGAGCGCGUGCUCGCGAGCGGUGGCGGCGAUCGCACGGUGCGCCUCUGGAGCUUGGAGGACUUUGCGUGUCUGAAGGUGCUCGAGGGGCACGCGAACUCGGUGCUGCGGGUCGAGUGGCUGAGCGGCGCGGACGCGGCGCAGGGCCAGGGGCGGCAGAGGCCAGCGCAGGUGGUCAGUGCGGCGGCGGAUGGGCUGGUUAAAGUGUGGGAUUCGAGGACGGAGGAGUGCAUCGCUACGCUGGAUGGGCACGAGGAUAAGGUGUGGGCGCUCGCGGUGAGCAAGGACGAGCGGACGAUCGUUUCGGGCGCAGCGGACUCGGUAGUCAACUUCUGGGAAGACUGCACCGAGGAGCAGGAGGCUGCGCGGGAGAGCGAGCGCGCAGAGUUGGUCCUCAAGUACGCGUCACGCCAUUUCGCUAUCAUCCUCAUUCGUUCAGAACAGGACUUCCAGAACUACGUUGCGCUGCACGACUACCGCCGCGCGAUCGAGCUCGCCCUCGCGCUUGCGCAGCCCGGUCGGCUGCUCGCGCUCUUCCGCGACGUCGCGGCCUCCGCGUCCGCGUCCGAGCCCGGCGCGGGCGGAGAGGGCUCGCUGACGGGGCACCCGGCGGUGGACGAAGUGGUGCGCGCGCUGCACCCGGCGGACCUCGCACGGCUGCUGCGCUUCGUGCGCGACUGGAACGCGCGCGCGGCGAGCGCGGCGAUCGCGCAACGUGUGCUGCACGCGGUGGUGAAGCUGCGCGCGGUGGAGGACGUCGUGCGCGCGUUUGAGGGGGCGGGUGCGCCGGUUGUGUCUGGGUCUGGGUCUGGAGAGGACGGGGGCGAGGGGAACAGGAAGCGGGGAGGGAAGGAGGAGCAGGGGGGCGUGCGGGAGCUGCUGGAGGCGCUGAUUCCGUAUACGGAGCGGCAUCUGGCGCGGAUGGAGCGGCUUGUGCAGGAGAGCUAUGUCGUGGAUUACGUGCUGGGGGAGAUGGACGACGGGCUGGACGGGGGCGAGGACGUGGAGGAGGAAGGGAUGGAUGUUGACGUCGGCGUUGGCAUUGCGGCGGGCGUUGUCGGGUGA